AUGAGAUAACUUUAAAAAAUAUUUAAUGAAAUUGAUGAAAUUGAUAUUGAUGAAUUAUCAAGUAGGAUAGUUUUAGUUUCAAAAUAGAUUCAGAAAAAGAAGGAGGAAACUUUUGUUUCUAUUUAAUAAUAAAUCUAGAAAUCUUUGAAUUAUCUAUAACCAUUAAAGACAGACGAUCAACAAUUAUUUAAUUUUGAAAAUCAUGAAUAAUGUUUACAAAGAGUUUGUGAUGUAUGCAUAUUUUCUUUAUUUGAGGAUAUUUUUGUCAAUAUCUAGGAACAAUUAGAAAUUUAGAACUCGUUAAAUGAAUUGAUUGCCAUAAUGCAGGAACAACAAUUAUAAAUUAAUUAAUUUCCUCAAUCUAAGAACUUACAGUUAAUAUCUGAAUACAACAACAACAAGAUAAUAAAAGAAAGAUUGGAAGGAGCAUUAAAAAUUAAUUAGAGUCAUAAGGAAAUCCUGAAAGAAAUUCUUAUUAAAAUAGGAUAAGACAAUUCCAAUCAGAAGAUCAACUAUCAAAUUUCAAUCAAGCAAUCUCAACUAGAUCUUAUAUAUCUUAUUCAAUAAAAUUCAGUAUUAAAUGAAAAAAUAAUUGAAUUAGAAAGUUAAUUAAAGGAAAAGAACAGUUAACUUCUAAAAUUUAGUUAUUAUAUUUAACAGAUUGAAAAUAGUUAAUAAAAUUAGAACAUCCAGUAUGUUGUAUCUCAAAAGAUCUCAUAAUAGGAUUAGAAUACUUAAUCAUAACAAGACCAUAAUAAUGCUUAAGAUUGUUAGGUUAAUUAAUCAUAAUCGGAUGAAUUCUAUUCCAUUAUUGAUUAGAGUCUGAAUAACUUUUAUGAAAAUCAAUGCAGAUAAAGUUAGGCAAAACCUUAACAAUCAAUGACAGUCCUCAAACCCAUAAAUCAAAAUAUUAUAGUUUAAUAAAGUUUUCAAAAAUAGAAAGCAACUUUAAAUUCUGAAAGGAAGGUUAAUUUUAGUUUUGAUUAUGGAAACCCUCUGGAAACAAACAAUAGUUUUACGUAAUAAGAAGAUGAGAAUUACUAAUUUAAUUUUUGA